GGAAAAUCAAAAGAUUCGAAGAAAAACAGCAUAAAGCGUAGCGACUUCGGGUUGCAACGAGAGAACGGCACACUGCGACUGUGGUGCAGCAACACCUGCAACAACGACGACAACAGAGCAGCCAACCGAACCAAAGUGCUCGUCAUCAUCAACAUUGACGUCGACGCACGAACCACGGGGAAGUAGAAGGGCUCAGGGGAAGCAACGGCAAGCAGCAACAGUAACACCGACGCCAGCCAACCCGACAGCGCACCAUGCUGCGCGCUAUUCAGCCGCUGUCAUCCGCGCUUCGGCGGGGAUUGACACUGGCACAUCGACAAGCACCUGCGCGCGCGCCCGUGUUUGCCCGGUGCUUCACCAUCUCUGAAUCUGCCCGGGCCAAGAUCCCAAGAGGAUUUGAGUCGUUUCUCCCCCGCGGGCAGCGCAGCGGUGCGCGGCGCGGGCGAUCCGGCAAACGCGAGGGCGAGAGCAGCAAAGGCGACGACGCAAAGGGGCCUGCAUCCGAGCAGCGCCCACGCGAGCACAGCGACGGCAGCAGCAGUGGCAAGAGCAGUGGCAAGAGCAGUGGCAAGAGCAACAGCAGUGGCAGUGGUGGUGGUCGUGGUCGUGGUCGUGGUAAUGGCGGGCGUGGUGAUGGCAGCGGCGGCAGCAGCAAUGAGGUGCUCAAGUGGCUGCAGGACCCCAACAACCGGGGCGUGAUUGUUGCGUUUGCCGCUGCUGGUGUUGCCAGCAUGUUCUUCCUGUCCACCCCGCGCGAGGGCCGGGAGAUCCACUGGCAGGACUUCCGCACCAACUACCUCGAGCGCGGCUUGGUUGACCACCUGACCGUCGUCAACCAAACACUCGUCCGCGUGUACGUCAAGGGGUCCAUCCACCCCGGAGAGCCUGCUGCCCACUUUACGAUUGGCAGCGUGGACUCAUUUGAGCGGCAGCUGGACGCAGCACAGCGGGAGAUGGGGCUCAGGCCAGCCGAGAUGGUCCCCGUCGCAUACGCAAACGAAAUCUCAAUCUCGCGGGAGCUGCUUCGGUUUGCGCCGACGCUGCUGCUGAUUGGCCUCAUCCUCUACUCCAUGCGCCGCGUCUCGUCCAUGGGCGGCGGCGUCGGCGGCAGAGGGGGCAUGUUUGGGUUUGGGAAGAGCACGGCGAAGAAGUUCAACAGGGAGACGGACGUCAACAUCACGUUCAAGGACGUGGCGGGCUGCGACGAGGCAAAGGUGGAGAUUCUCGAGUUUGUCAACUUCCUCAAGCACCCGGAGCAGUACAGGAAGCUUGGCGCCAAGAUCCCAAAGGGCGCGAUCCUGUCUGGCCCGCCGGGUACGGGCAAGACGCUACUGGCCAAGGCAACGGCUGGCGAGGCAGAUGUCCCCUUCUACUCCAUCUCGGGCUCGGAGUUUCUCGAGAUGUUCGUUGGCGUCGGUCCUGCCAGGGUGCGGGACCUGUUUGCGGAGGCGCGGAAGAACGCGCCAUGCAUCAUCUUCAUUGAUGAGAUUGACGCCGUUGGCCGCGCGCGCUCCAAGUCCGGCGGCUUUGGCGGCGGCAACGACGAGCGCGAGAACACAUUGAACCAGCUCCUCGUCGAGAUGGACGGCAUGCAGAGCUCUGAGAAUGUUGUCGUGCUUGCAGGCACGAACCGGCAGGAUGUGCUUGACCCCGCCCUCCUCCGCCCCGGACGCUUUGACAGACAGAUCACCAUCGACCUGCCAGAUAUCAAGGGUCGUCGGUCCAUCUUCAACGUUCACCUGUCGCGCAUCCAGACGGAGCUGGACAAGGACGACGUUGCAAAGAAGCUUGCCACCCUCACCCCAGGGUUCUCAGGCGCCGACAUUGCAAACGUGUGCAACGAGGCAGCGCUGAUUGCUGCGCGCUAUCUUGCGACGAGCGUGAACAUGCACCACUUUGAGCAGGCCAUUGAGCGCAUCAUUGCUGGUCUUGAGCGCAAGACGCGUGUGCUGAGCAAAGAGGAGAAGACGACAGUGGCUUACCACGAGGCCGGGCACGCCGUGUGCGGGUGGUAUCUUGAACACGCUGACCCCCUGCUGAAGGUGUCGAUUAUCCCGCGCGGGUCCGCCGCCCUCGGAUACGCGCAGUACCUGCCGCAGGAGCAGUUUCUCUACACCACGCAGCAGCUGCUUGACCGCAUGUGCAUGACGCUCGGCGGGCGCGUGUCCGAGCAGAUUUUCUUCCACCGCAUCACCACCGGCGCCCACGACGACCUCAAGAAGGUCACGCGUUUGGCCUACUCACAGAUUGCUGUGUACGGCAUGAAUCCGCGCGUGGGCAACCUGUCGUUCAAGGUCCCGGACGAGAACGAGCCCGCGUUUGACAAACCGUACAGCGAGGCGACGGCGCAGCUGAUUGACGAGGAGGCGCGCAAGCUCGUUGACGGGGCAUAUGAGCGCACGCUGGAGCUGUUGACGGAGAAGAAGGCGGAUGUGGAGAAAGUUGCGAAACUUUUGAUUGAGAAGGAAGUGAUUUCUCGCGAUGACAUGCGUGAACUCCUCGGACCACGCCCCUUCAAGGAGAAACACGAGUAUGAGCAGUUUAUGGAGGACGCGGGGCAGGAGAAGGACGAAAGUGCAGAGGAGGAGCUCCCACCGGGUCUGCGUGACUACGACAAGGACGACGAUGAUGAUGAUGAUGAUGAUGAUGAUGAUGAUGAAGAUGACGAGAACAAGAAGGAUCGCGCUGACGACAAGACGAAGAAAAACGACAGCAGCAGCAGUUCACGUGGCUCCUCGUCAUCUCCUCGUGACAGAUGAUCGGUGUGCAUGUUUUGAUGUGUCAGCAUCACAUCCAUCAUAUUGAUUCAUCAUCAAACUCAAUACAGCAGCAGCAGGAGGAGGAGGAGGAAGAAGAAGAGAGGAGGGGACAGUGGCAGUUAUGCUACCAGCGUGUAUGAUUUAUACAUGCUGAACAAUGUCUGUACAGCUGUCGCCCCUCCUCUCGUGUCAUGUCUUGUGCGCAUUGUGAAGCGUGCGUUUGUGUGGUUUUCUGUGCGUGUGUGUUUUGCGGUGGCGUGUUUGGCUGUAAUCUACAAACAACGAGAGUAAACUUUGGGGCUACAACCCCAUCAGCACAACCGAGCA